ACUCCACAGGACACGCCCCGCAGACUCCACAGGACACGCCCUGCAGACUCCACAGGACAGGAGCGCAGACUCCACAGGACACGACCCGCAGACUCCACAGGACAGGACCCGCAGACUCCACAGGACACGCCCCGCAGACUCCACAGGACACGCCCCGCAGACUCCAAAGGACACGCCCCGCAGACUCCACAGAACACACCCCGCAGACUCCAAAGGACACGCCCCGCAGACUCCACAGGACACGUCCCGCAGACUCCACAGGACACGCCCCGCAGACUCCACAGGACAGGAGCGCAGACUCCACAGGACACGCCCCGCAGACUCCACAGGACACGCCCCGCAGACUCCACAGGACACGCCCCGCAGACUCCACAGGACACGCCCCGCAGACUCCACAGGACACGCCCUGCAGACCCCACAGGACACGCCCCGCAGACUCUACAGGACAGGACCCGCAGACUCCACGGGACACGCCCAGCAGACUCCACAGGACACGCCCAGCAGACUCCACAGGACACGCCCUGCAGACUCCACAGGACACGCCCAGCAGACUCCACAGGACAGGACCCGCAGACUCUACUGGACACGCCCCGCAGACUCCACUGGACUCGCCCAGCAGACUCCACAGGACACGCCCAGCAGACUCCACAGGACACGCCCAGCAGACUCCACAGGACACGCCCCGCAGACUCCACAGGACACGCCCCACAGACUCCACAGGACACGCCCGCAGACUCCACAGGACACGCCCGCAGACUCCACAGGACACGACCCGCAGACUCCACAGGACAGGACCCGCAGACUCCACAGGACAGGACCCCCAGACUCCACAGGACAGGACCCGCAGACUCCACAGGACACGCCCAGCAGACUCCACAGGACACGCCCCGCAGACUUCACAGGACACGCCCCGCAGACUCCACAGGACACGCCUCGCAGACUCCACAGGACACGCCUCGCAGACUCCACAGGACAGGACCCGUAGACUCCACAGGACAGGACCCGUAGACUCCACAGGACACGC